UAACCACCGCUCCUUUGUUUUGUGUGCGAAGAAGAGUGACGUGCUAGAAACAGCUGGGAGCAGGAUGACUUGAGCGACUCUCGGUUUUAGCUACAAAACACUCGUGUAUUUUGUGUUCUUGGUCUGCGAAGACAACGCAGGAUGACGAACACACCGUAUUAACUACAGUUAAUGCGCCUCGGCUGGUUAAACGCAGACGCAAGUUAAGUUAGCGUGUUAGCUGGAGAUUUAGCAGGCUAGCUUAGCUGGCUGUCACCGGGUUGUUUAGUUCUCUGUUGAAGUGGCUGUUUCUGUCUUGACACAUGAGUGUGUCGCUGGUUGUUAUCCGCCUGGAACUAGCUGACCAGUCUCCGUCUCCCCUGGGUUUCCAGUACUCAGCUGAUGACGACAUGUCUGAGGAGGAGCGGCAGGACAAAGCUCUGGCUUUAGCCAAACACGCUCUGAGUGGAAAGACUGAGCUGGAGAGAUCAGCUGUUCUGCACCAACACAUUGGCAGCCGAGCCAUGGGGGACAUGGUGAUAGAAACCUUUGAGCCCAGCCCAGAUAAAGGAGGAGGUGAAGACCCUGGUGGUUCAGCCGAGCAGAGCAGUGAACUUCAGGCAGCAAACACUGAGGACACAGAGGGUUUACAGGAAAGCAGUGCAAUGGCAGUCACUGCUCCAGACUCGCCCUCCAAGCAGCUGCCCGACCAGAUCUCUUUCUUCAGUGGAAACCCCUCUGUGGAGAUCGUCUAUGGUAUUAUGCACCUCUACAAGACCAACAAAAUGACUUCACUGACUGAAGAUGUAAGACGUAGUGCCAUGGUGUGUAUCCUGACUGUCCCAGCAACCAUGACCAGCCAUGACCUCAUGAAGCUCAUGGCCCCAUUUAAUGAUGUAAUGGAGCAUAUGAAGAUCAUACGGGACUCCACUCCAAACCAGUACAUGGUUCUGAUAAAGUUUUGUAGACAGGCAGCUGCAGACAGUUUUUUCACAGCGUGUAACGGCCGCCAGUUCAACUCCAUAGAGGAAGCAGUGUGCCAACUGGUCUAUGUGGAGCGGGCAGAAGUUGUAAAGUCUGAAGAGGGAGCCAGUCUGCCGGUGAUGGAGCUCACCGAGGUGCCAAAGUGCACUGUGUGCCUGGAAAGAAUGGACGAGUCGGUUAACGGCAUCCUCACCACUCUCUGCAAUCACAGCUUUCACAGCCAGUGUCUCCAGCGGUGGGAAGAUGCCUCGUGUCCUGUAUGUAGGUACUGUCAAACACCAGAACCAGUUGAAGAGAACAAAUGCUUUGAGUGCGGCGUGCAGGAGAACCUGUGGAUUUGUUUGAUCUGCGGGCACAUCGGUUGUGGUCGCUACGUCAGCCGGCAUGCGUACAAGCACUUUGAGGAAACGCAGCAUACGUACGCUAUGCAGCUCACCAACCACCGUGUCUGGGACUACGCAGGAGAUAACUACGUGCACCGGCUGGUGGCCAGUAAGACUGAUGGGAAGAUGGUACAGUACGAGUGUGAGGGAGACACAUGUCAAGCUGAGAAAAUCGAUGCACUUCAACUUGAGUACUCGUACCUGCUGACGAGUCAACUGGAGUCUCAGAGGAUUUACUGGGAGAAUAAGAUCGUUCAUCUGGAGAAGGAGACAGCCGAGGAGAUAAACAACAUGAAGGCUAAAUUUAAGGAAACCUUGGAGCGAUGUGAUAACUUGGAGCGUCGAUUAGGAGAAAUAACCAAAGACAAGCAGGGCAUGGAGAAAAAGUACACUCAGUUAAACAGUCGAGUGGUGAAGCUGAGCCACGACCUGAAGGAGGAGCAGGAGAUGAACCACUGUCUGAGAUCCAAUCAGAUGCAGCUGCAGUCCCAGCUGGCAGACGAGGAGCGCAAAGGAAAAGAGAGUGUAGCUCAUAAGGAUGGGACAAUAUCAGAGCUGCAGGAGCAGCUGAGAGACGUGAUGUUUUAUCUGGAGACGCAGCAGCAGAUUGAGCACCUGCCUCCAGAGGCUCGCAGUGAGAUCCAGGAGGGACAGAUCAACAUCGGAGCCAGCCCGGCAGACAGCGCACUGGGCUCGGCAGGAGCAGGCCCCUCCUCUGGCAGAGGCAGGAGAGGCCGGGGCAGGAAGAGGAAGUAGGCAGUUAUACAAUCUACUGGAAACGAAUCGCUGCCUCCAACCAGGGGUUGUCCAUGGUUGUCCAUUUAUUAACCUGUGUCUACAUCAUUGUGGCUCCUCAGAAAGCACUAAGAGGAGAAAUGAAGAUGUGAGACACUCUACGAGUAAAUCGUGAUAUUUACCUGCACAGUUAUCCUCCUUAACUUAAUGUAGCUUCUCUAAGAAGAAAAGUGGAAGAUGUGAGUGGAUUUCUCAUUAAAGCCACAACGACCUUUGUGGUUUCCAAACAUAUUGAUAUGAAUAUCUUCUGUUUCCAAAUCUUAAAAGAUCUAUUUUGGUCAAAGAUUGUAUUUAUUUGAUCAAAAUAAUGUUUGUUUGUGCUCAGUCUAAGACUCUGUGAUUGUACUUGUUAUCAAAGUCUGUGACAUCUUUAUUUUUCUUUAAAAUGUAAAGAUGCUGUUUCUUUUAAACUUUUUUUGUCAGUUCUUAAGUAAAAUCCUGAAGUGUUUUCUUUUGAAAAUAA